UCGCCGGCUGCACAGGUUCCCCGACGCUCGCCCAGUCGCCGCCGCCGCCCCCGCCGCCGCCAAAAUGUCCACAGGUGUGCCUUCAGGGAGUUCAAGUGCUGCUGCCGGCAGUAACCGAAGACUCCAGCAGACACAGAAUCAAGUCGAUGAGGUGGUUGACAUCAUGAGAGUCAACGUGGAUAAGGUGUUAGAAAGAGACCAGAAGCUCUCGGAGCUCGAUGACCGUGCUGAUGCACUGCAGGCUGGUGCUUCUCAGUUUGAAACUAGUGCUGCCAAGUUGAAGAGGAAGUAUUGGUGGAAGAACUGCAAGAUGUGGGCGAUAGGGAUCAGUGUCCUGGUGAUUAUUGUCAUCAUCAUUAUUGUGUGGUGUGUCUCUUAAUGAAGAACCCGGGAAACCGAAGACCACUGUUCAGGAGCGUCUUGGAGACUUUCUACUUAGAACCUGCUGUGUUACCGAGCUUACCUACUGUUUUUUUUCCAAGUGAUUAUUUUUGUUAGUUUACAUACAGUUCAGUGCCUAGGAAAUGUGCCUUUGUUUUAAUAUAUACUCCAAAUGGGAGGUGUGACCUACCCUGCCCACAUUUGCACAGUGCCUUUACAGAUUUAUGCACCAACCAGGGAAGAGGACUUCUGAUGCUCCAGAGUGCUGGAGUCUAGAUGGAUGUUGUCACUGAUGACUUGCUGUGGAUUCCAGGAAGGGGAUUUUGUUCAAGUCAGCUAUCCCCACAUCUGACAUCGCCUUCAAACCCACAUUUUAAACCUUUGGGUGAUUAGAUUCCCAACUUGCGCCUUCCGAGAAGAACACUACUGCCUAGUACAAAUUGGUGACAAUAACAGGGUGUGCCUUAUUUUGAUACUUGGCUCCUUUUCCUUAGGAGGACCCUCGGUUUUGUAAGCACUACUGACCCUGCUGUAUUUAAGAUGCUCUCGUGUUAGGUGUCAAGAUGUUUGCUUUCUUGUUCUUGUGCAUCACUUCUAAAAGUAUUUUAAUCAAAAAAUAACUCUUUAAAGUUUUUAUAGAACUAUGACCAAAGUUUCUUUUGCCAAACGUUAAAUACAAAUAAAAUGUCCAUAAGUCUUUCCCUCAUAGAUCUAUUCAAAUACGUGCCAAAUGUAUGUAACUCAAGGCACCCAUCAAGAAAAAGGGUUAAUAACUGUGUGAGCAUUCAGCGUUUUUCACAGUCCUUCCUGUGAAAUGCUGUGGAUAAUGCUACUCCUUCUCAUUCAGUUUCUUCCAUAGAGCUGUAGGGGUGAGCUAAAGGCACACGGUAGAUAAGACAUUUAGCCAGCAGUUUGCAGACUGAACUAGCCGUGGCCUCUGGUGCACUGUGAGCAGCAGCUCAGCAGUCUCACUUCAGAGCGUCUGAAUGCCUUUACUCAUAAUCCAUUCCUAAAUCAGGCCUCUGUGUCAUGCUCGAGGUUAAGCGUUGGUCACCUCCAAGUGGAUAGCUCUCCAGAGAUGCCAUCUGAGACACUUUCCUUGUGUAUCUGAGAUUUUCAUCAAGGUGUGGUUCAGAGAUGGGAGUUCAGGCGUGAAUGUAAAUACGAAAGCAGAGGAAGAAACAGGUCAUUUUUGCCUGUGGCAGUGCCACUGGAAUAUCCUGGAAUCUGUGUUUGCGUGUAGAGUGGCGUCAGUCAAGAUGUAACAGAAUCUGGUUCCAAUUUUGUAUUUGUUCCCUGACAUUCCUGAAACAAUAUAAAUAUUGAAAGCAUGCCCCACUAUGGGAAAGCAGCAUCAGCCUAGGGCUUCUGUCCUGGUCUGACCACACAACCUUGGUGCUGUCUCCUGCAGACUCAGACCCAUGCAGCUCAUUGGCUCCUGCAUUAACACAGUAAUACCUCGCUUAUCUGUGCAUUUAGCUGGGAACUUUCCCGCUGUGAUGUCCUGAAUAAAGUUGUAUAUUAACAUGA